UAUUAGUCUGUCUGUCUGUCUGUCUGUUGGUGAUAUAGUGCCUUCAUAUCCAUCUCUACAUGUCUCCCCCCUCCCUUCACCUCUUGCUGUGCCGAGUUAUUUUUCAUUUUGAGUCCCCUCCCCUCCUCUCUCUCUCUCUCUCUCUCUGCUCUCACUCUCUAUCUCUCUCUCUUUAUAAUAACUCUCAGUCUUGUGUUUCUGCAUCUCCUUUUCCCUUUCCUGUAUUUCACUUCAUGCUGAUCUUUAUUCAAGGCUUGCUGGACAUCCUUCCUUCCUCAUCUCUCUAUAUCAGUCUCUUUCUUUCUGGGGCUCAUUCCUAAACUGGAUAGCAGAGAAAUCCAUAUUUUGUUUUAAUGUUGUUUUUUGCUGGUGGACUGUGAAAGUGGAUUGUCGUCCUGCAUCCUGAUGAUGCUGAAGGUGCAACUCUGUUAGAUUUUACUGGAGUGCUGAAGGAUUUUUCUACAGUGCAGGCUCUGGAGAAGAAGACCAAGUUGUUAGUUCUACUUUCUUUGACUAUAAUCAGAUUCUGGGCAGCACUGAAUCUUGGUCUAACCAUGGCCCAGUUACCUAGUCCCACCGCUGUGAUGGCCCCCAGUUCACUUGGCUCCAGCUCCACUCCAGUACCCAAUGUCUUUCAGCGUAAGGGCGCCCUCAAACAGAAGAAUGUGAUGGAGGUGAAGAAUCAUCAGUUUGUGGCCCGUUUCUUCAAACAGCCGACAUUUUGUAGCCACUGCACCGAUUUCAUUUGGGGCAUUGGCAAGCAGGGAUUUCAGUGUCAAGUCUGCAGCUUUGUUGUUCACAAACGCUGCCAUGAGUUUGUCACAUUCAUGUGCCCAGGAGCGAACAAAGGACCCAAACCAGAGGACCUGCGCAGUAAGCAUAAGUUCAAAAUUCAUACAUACAGCAGUCCAACAUUCUGUGACCAUUGUGGAUCCCUACUAUAUGGCCUGGUGCACCAGGGCAUGCGCUGCUCCAGCUGUGAAAUGAAUGUUCACAAGCGUUGUGUGGCCAGUGUGCCCAGCCUCUGUGGUCUAGACCACACAGAGAAGCGUGGCAGGCUCCAUCUUACAGCAAGUGUUGAAAAUGGAGAAGAGCUGCACGUGACAGUUGGAGAAGCUCUCAAUCUGAUUCCAAUGGACCCCAAUGGACUUUCAGAUCCAUACGUGAAACUCAAGCUUAUCCCUGACCCCAAGAACUUAAGCAAGCAAAAGACAAGAACUAUGCGCUCCACCUUGAAUCCUGUCUGGAAUGAAAGCUUUAUCUUCACACUGAAGACGUCUGACUGGGACAAGCGUCUUUCCAUUGAGGUGUGGGACUGGGAUCGGACAACACGUAAUGACUUCAUGGGGGCCAUGUCUUUUGGGGUGUCGGAGAUCGCCAAGCGGGCAAUGUGUGGCUGGUUCAAGCUGCUUAACCAGGAAGAGGGGGAGUACUACAGUGUCCCUGUCAGUGAUAUGGAGGAGGAUGAACUGCGUAUGAACUUUGAGCGGACCGGUCUGUCUACACCCCCACAGGUGGUCAGCCCCCCUGCUGACUUAAAAAGGUCAGACCCCUUUGGACGAUCAUCUUCAUUUAGCAUAGAAGACUUCAAUUUCUUAAUGGUGCUUGGAAAGGGAAGCUUUGGAAAAGUGAUGCUAGCAGAACGCCGAGGGACUGACCAUCUGUUUGCAGUAAAGAUCCUAAAGAAAGACGUGAUUGUCCAAGAUGAUGACAUUGAGUGCACUAUGGUGGAAAAGAGAAUUCUAGGCCUGGCUAAUCGACCCCACUUCCUAACAUCACUGCAUUCGACCUUCCAGACUGAGGAUCGCCUCUACUUUGUCAUGGAAUACGUCAAUGGUGGUGAUCUCAUGUACCACAUCCAGCAGGUUGCCAAGUUUAAGGAGCCACAUGCAGCGUUCUAUGCUGCAGAAAUUGCCAUUGGGUUGUUCUUCCUGCACAACAAAGGAGUUAUUUACAGAGAUCUGAAGUUGGAUAAUGUGAUGCUAGAUGCAGAUGGACAUAUUAAGAUUACAGAUUUUGGCAUGUGCAAGGAAGGUGUCUUUGAAGGCGUGUCAACAAGAACAUUUUGUGGCACCCCUGAUUAUAUUGCUCCAGAGAUUAUCGCCUAUCAACCUUAUGGGAAGCCUGUUGACUGGUGGUCUUUUGGAGUUCUUCUUUACGAAAUGCUGGCUGGACAGCCCCCAUUUGAUGGUGAGGAUGAGGAUGAACUAUUCCAGUCAAUCAUGGAGCACAACGUCUCAUACCCCAAGUCUUUGUCAAAGGAAGCAGUUGCAAUCUGCAAGGGGUUCCUGACAAAACAUCCUGCAAAGCGGCUUGGCUCCGGCUUUGACGGUGAGAGGGAUAUCCGAGAUCAUGCCUUCUUCCGAAGGAUUGAUUGGGAAAGACUGGAAAAACUAGAAAUUCAACCUCCAUUCAGGCCCAGACCUGGAGGACGUAAUGGAGAGAACUUUGACAAAUUCUUCACACGUGCUGCUCCUGUGCUGACUCCACCUGACCGCCUGGUCCUGGCCUCCCUUGACCAAGAUGACUUCCGAGGCUUCAGCUUUGUUAAUCCUGAAUUCCUUCAUCCUAGUGAGCGUGUUAGCCUGGCAUCAGCCCCCAUGUCAGCAGUCUGAUGUCAGAUUAGUUUGGCUUCUGACACUAUUAGUGGUCCACAAGAAACACCAUCUGAUGUUCUGCUGCUGGUACUGUGUUUGACUCCAACUGCAUAUGGAGAAGGCUUUACACUGUUCACAAUUUUCCACAUACAAGUCUUCUUUGUCAGGUCUUCCAGGAUUCGAUCUUUGCUGUGCUCGCCUCAAACCACUACACAAUCUAAAAAUGACAUUUGCUUUACACCUUUGCAGAGACUUUUUGUAGUAGGCCCACCUGCUGUUUCUCUCGCCCAUUAUGUGUGCUGACAAUGAAAGUGAGACCCAGGGAACGCUUAGAGACUGCAGUGCCGGUUGAAAACAAUUUUUCGAUCCAGGUUUAUUUUAUUACUGGUCACUGUAGGGUCAGUUCUCCUCACCAUCCACAAACCUUAACCAUCAGACAAAAUACUCACCCCGCCUUGGCCCAAACAUCUUUUUGCUGAUUCCCAUUUAUUGCAUUUUAGGAUUGUGAGGCUCUGGAGGUUGCAGUCAAUGCUAUAACCACAAGACAGGAACCAUCUCUGGGUGGAAUGUCAGUAUACACAACCCUCACGUGAGGUUUUGUACUCAUCAAACAGGCCUAACUUUGACAUGGAGGCAGAAACCAUAAUCAGACAAGGAGAAUAUGAAAUCUGAAUACAGACUAGACUAGCCUGAUAACAAGCCCUGUCUGGAGCUGUGGUUCAGAAACCUUAACCACUGCAACACCAUUUUGCUUCUUAAAUAAUAAUGCAACCAUCUGUCAUUUGAUAAUCCUGCAUAUUCUAUUUGAGAGAUGAUAUCAGCAUCAUUAGACACAGUCCUGGGUGGGAAGCCAGUCUAUCACAGAGCAUAUACAGUAUCUACAUUCACUAAUGCUGUCCAUUUUUAAAUUUAUGGUUUACUUAACAUGAACAUAUUUGGGAUGUGGGAGAUAGUAAGCCUGCGGUGGGCUGGCGCCCUGCCCGGGAUUUGUUUCCUGCCUUGCACCCUGUGUUGGCUGGGAUUGGCUCCAGCAGACCCCUGUGACCCUGUGUUAGGAUAUAGAUGGAUGGAGAUAGUAAGCUCUAGUCCCAGAAACUAUGAGGCCUACCAUCGUGCCACCAUUUACCUGUAUUUAAAUGUGAACAGGUGCGUGACUGUCUUGAGCUCACCCAUCUGUAAUGAAUUAAGAAAGCUAGAUGAAUAGUGUCAACAAAAAUUGUAGGUGAAAACCCCAGCGUAUCUCUACAUUUUAUGUUUUCAGAUUUCACCCUUAUCACACAAUCGAUAGGCUGAGAGGAGAACUGUGAGUAAAAGUAAAGGAAGGAGCCCUUUUAUUAGCUCUGAGGAAAUGCUUCUCAUUCCUGACUACAGAGAGAACUGACGGGAGAGGCUGGUGAGACACCUACACCCGUGAGAAGGUGGCUUCAUUUAAACCUAAUAGUAUUUAACUCUUUCAGGGCUGAUGCCAACUUUUGUCAAAAGGAGGAGUUGACGAUGGUAAUCAACUGUAACCUGUGACAAAACCAACUGUUAUGUUUUAGUUGGACUCUCGUUGCUAGAAGGAAAGUUGGCUUUCGUUGGUUUUGACCGAGAUUUCCUGCUGUCCCGUGAGUAGCAAGGCGCAAGCAAUGGCAAAGAUGGCCCUGACAUCUGGUGAGAGAAGUGGAUGCGUGAAGCAACAUACUUCGUGGACGACGUUUUGCCUGUUCUCUCUGAAUUGGACUAUGACUUGUUGAUACAAGCAAUCGAAAAUGAAUGUGAGGUUCCAGCUUCAGCUGACUGGUCCCCAGCUAAUCGUGGUGCUGAACAGGUUCACGUAGUUGACAUGCCUGUGGCAAUGUUUGCUUGGGAGGAGUGCCACUUAAGAGGUAGAAAUCAGAUUGCAAUGCACUGUGACGGUGACUGCUGCUGCCCCAGCCAAGCGAAGACAGCCUGGCAACAUGCCUGCCGCACGUUCUUCGCAAACUGGCAGCCACAGCACGCAGCAACAGACGGUUUAUGUUGAUUUCUGUGUGAAGCCAUUGCUUUUCAAAAAACGAUGUUUUUUGGAAAAAAUAUUCAGCCCUGAAAGAGUUAAUGUGUACUCAUCUUCAAAAGUGCAACUUCUGCAUAGAUGUGUGAUUAAAACUGCAGCUUUUUUAUUAUACAGUACCAGUUUAUUUCAAGUUCAAACCAAAUAUCGUUGUACUUAUCAUAUACGUUUUGAGCAUGGAGGAUUUUUUUCUUAACUGUACCAUAGACAUGAAUAGCUGCCAGAGCUAACAGCUCAUUUACUCCUCUUGGACAAAAUCUCAACAAGACAUUUAGCUAAAACGAGUGUGGUGACAUAUGCCUGUGAUGAUACGGGUUCCGCUUCAUGCUCCCGUCUUGCUUCUGGGAGCUCUGAACCCGACACCGUCGGUAAUGUCACCGAUGAGCUAGGCAGUGAAGACAUCAACAAUGAAGCAAGGGGAUGGAGCAAAAAGUGCUUUUAUUAAAACCAAAACCUAAAACAGUGUCCAAAGAAAUAAGUGCAGUGCAUCACAAAUCUUUAAAUAAAUAAUAAUCCAUUAAAACAGAGAUGAAUCCAAUAAUUACAUCCUUUUAAAAACAACGAGGUUAAAAUAACGGCCUGAAGAAGUCUUUCUUUAAAAAAUCCGGUGCAUACUUCUUAACCCCAACUACUCCCCUGCUUCUCCCUUCCGGGCCCCGCAACAGAGGAGUCGCACUACCAGCAAAAUGCAGCUCCUUCAGUACUGGUCCGGUAGCCCUCUGAUCCCCCGGCUAUGUUGGGCUCCAACCGGACCGAGACUUGGGUUCCUUCCCCCAGCGGCCAGGGCGCUCACGCUCAUGCCCAAAAGCCUCUAUGACUACUGCUGCCUUCUUGGCCUUACGUGGCGAGCCGUCCAUGAUCCUAGUCACUCCUCCUCUGAAAAGCUCAAUCCAUCCACCCUGAGUAUUGGCCAAACAUUCUCUCAGGGCUGUCCUUCCAGCUGCCUGCCUUUGCUCAAGCGCGCCUGCUGUCGCUCGCUCGCUCGCACCGGCUCCCCACUUCUCCAGCCUUCUUCUCCCUUAACCUCCGUCAUUCUCUCUUAUCUUUUCUCCCUUUCCUAGCCGCCUCACGCUUCAAUUAUUUAUCACAGGGACGUGGAUCAGGUAUGGCAAUUAGCAGCUCCCGGCAUCAAUUACGGAUGCGGACGACUCCUCACCUGUGCACUUGAGUGAGGACCAUCCGCAUCACGCAUCACCCGGGAACCGCUCGGCCACACAUACCGCACCCCCCCCCUCUAAGCCGCGAGUGCAGCAAUUAUUUAUUUAAAAAGUGGCCUUUUUGACGUGAGCUGUGGACCCGCUACACCACAAUGCCACAUGCCAGAUCUGUCCAGAUCAUGUGUUCAUUUCGGCAUGCUAUGGUCUUUCUUCAUAGCUCAUGCCCUUCGGUUCUGCUGUAGAGAAAGGCUGCCUGCCAUAUUCCUUCUGUGCAUCGCACCACCUCUUGACCUCGUGAUGCUGUCUUGACAAUUUUUAGUUCUUAAGUCCAAACCCCUUUUCUUACUCUUUGGCACUUGGGUUUUAACCCUACUUAUGUAGGGGUGUUAAAUGAACGCUGAUUGACCUUUGUCAGAAUUCAUCUUUUUUCUUUCAGUGUGUUCUUAUGCUUUCCCACCUUUUGAAUUUUGACUUUGUACUCUAAACUCUGAUCUCUCUGCUCGGACAUUUGUUUUGUUUGCUCUUGAGAUGAUGGCUUUCUGAACCUUAAUCCACCUUCACCUCAUCUUUACACUCACCUCUAAAAACAUUCAUGUAAACAGCAGGAUUAGAUGUGACUGGAGUAUGGAUGUUGAGGGAAAAAGGGAGAACUGGCGCCAGCUUGUUGCAUUAGGUUGUGGGGUCUGCUCAGAUGCAUUGGACCACUUUAACAGUCUUUUUUCUUGCCUCUAGAUGUGCAGGACAGAAAGAGUAUCAAGACUCACAAAAAUUUUGUCACACUUUUUACUUUCUCGUAUUCGAGAAUCUGCCAACAAUUCCAUUUUGAGAUUUUGAUGAAUCUCGAAGUUUUAGACCUCCCUGAAUCCGUAAAUUCCAUUUUGGAAUUGUGUCUGUCUGUCUGUGUGUGUAUAAAGACGAUAACUUGUGUACACUUUCACUUAGCUCAACCAAAUUUUGCAUACAAGUAUGAGGUACAAAACGUAGAUGUCUAUCAACUUUUGGGCUAUUUCCGUUAACCGGAAGUGGUACUGGGCGGCACGGUGGUGCAGUGGGUAGCGCUGCUGCCUCGCAGUUAGGAGACCCGGGUUCGCUUCCCAGGUCCUCCCUGCGUGGAGUUUGCAUGUUCUCCCCGUGUCUGCGUGGGUUUCCUCCGGGCACUCCAGUUUCCUCCCACAGUCCAAAGACAUGCAGGUUAGGUGGAUUGGUGAUUCUAAAUUGGCCCUAGUGUGUGCUGGGUGUGUUUGUGUGUGUCCUGCGGUGGGUUGGCACCCUGCCUGGGAUUGGUUCCUGCCUUGUGCCCUGUGUUGGCUGGGAUUGGCUCCAGCAGACCCCUGUGUUCGGAUUCAGCGGGUUGGAAAAUGGAUGGAUGGAUUAUCUCUAACCUGCUCUGUGUGUGUAUCGCACCAACAUUUUUGAAUUCUUUACGAUGUUCUAUUUUGUCUUCUACUCUUUGUCUUUUAUUUCCGGCCCCGGGCGUGGUGAAAUCUCUUGGAACAAAGUCUCGUCUCACGGGACUUGAAAGUAUCUCUCUGAAAAAGUCACGUCUCGUCCCAGGCUAAAAAGUCUCGUCUCAUCUCAUCCCAGGAUUUUUUUUUUAUAUACUAGAGAAACAUCUUUCUGAAGUGGGAAGAAAUGAACAGGAAAACCAAUGAAGACACAGAGAACAUGCAAAUUCCUCAAAGUGACUGGGCUACAAUUUGAACCUGAUGCUCUGAAGUUGGGAAGUGACAGUGCCAGUCACCGUACCAACAUGCCACCCACUUUGUUUUCAAAUGACGAAUAGAAAAACAAGUGGAAUAAUACAGGACAAAAUGAAGGAACGUCUGCAGCUGAUUUUAUAUUUAUGCAUUUUAUUGUGCACCAACAAGAUGAGUACAAACUCGCUAUUAACAUUUAACUAACGCUUUUUACCUUGGUGGUAAUAUGCCAAGAUGGCAGUCUUCUUAAGCCCUUUAAUCCAUGUAGUAGGGCUAAUGGCGUUCAACAACGCUAUUUACACUGUUCACUGUUACUAGAUGACUCCUUGGACUGGCAUGUUUAAAAUGUACCUCAAAUCAUACAGUAUGUUUAAGGUUUUAUUGAGGAACCGGCUGAAAAUACUUUACAUUCAGUUCCCCUGCUGGUAAAAGUCUCUUGGCGUAUUUGUAACUUAUUGAAGCAAAGAACUCUAUUUUAAUUUUAAUGCUAUCUCACAUUUUAAAUAUUUACAAAUACAGCUAAACAAAUGUGCACCUCAUUGAGUUUGAUAGUUUUUGAAAGCUUAUCAGACCUACAGAGCAGUAAAUGAGAACUUCUUCUGUCCAGUAAUUUAACACUAGUGAGUCUCUGACUUCACUCGGUGCCCUCUACAGGUCAAACGAUCAAACAACAUUUACAAUCACCAUUUUAGAUCACACACUCGAGCACAGUAAAAGGAAACACCGCUGAUUUUUUUCCCCAUUUUAGGCUAACAUUCCCGCAGCAUUAUCAGGAGCAGACCUGACAGGUGUAAAUAUGUGGUUUUCCUUUCCACUGCAACAGAUUCAGAUGCUUUUCUUUGCUUUUAUUAUACAUGAUAGAUAUUUUAAGUGCAAAUUAAAACUAAUUGCAUUUUGUAAAUUGUUUGAUUUAAUUUUUGUUAGAUUUUUUUAUAACAGUGUCCUACUACAGCUCAUUCAUUAUGAAGUUUAAUUUAGUCUGUUGACUGCAUGCCAUUUACUAAAUUUUAUUGUAUGCUUUUAUUUUUUGCCAGUUCACACUGCCAAAAGACCAGAAAAUCAUUUGAAGGGCUCAGUUGCAAAACCAAUGAAGUGCGAGUAUUUGGAGAAAAUAUUUUUGAGGUGUGUGCAAUAUUCUUAAUCUGAAUUAUAGAAAGCUACUUUGGCCAUGGGGCGGCACCAGGGCCGCUGCUGGCCAAAUGGGUGCCCUAAGCAGAAAUUUACUUUUGUGCCCCCUACCCCAAAUAUUACGGAAGUAAAAAUAAAAUAAUAAAAAAACACCUACUAUAGGGGCCAAAAUAGAACUUUAUUCAAAUAAGGUGUGCUUAGCCUACUCUGCGUUCACUGUAAAAUGUAAUAUAUACGUUUAUAUUUUUGUUUAUUUGUAUAUGUAUAUUAUUAAUAUUAAUUUAUUAUUAUAAUAUAUAAAAACGAUUUCUUUUGAGCAGCUGGGAUGGUGCCCCCCUGGGAGUUGGUGCCCUACGCAGACUGCGUACUCUGCAUAUAGGGAGCGGUGGUACUGGGCGGCACAAUGGUGCAGUGGUAGCGCUGCUGCCUUGCAGUUAGGAGACCUGAGGUUCGCUUCCCGGGUCCUCCCUGUGUGGAGUUUGCAUGUUCUCCCCGUGUCUGCGUGUGUUUCCUCCCACAGUCCAAAAACAUGCAGGUUAGGUGCAUUGGUGAUUCUAAAUUGUCCCGUGUGUGUGCCCUGUGGUGGGCUGGCGCCCUACCCGGGGUUUGUUGGCUGGGAUGGCUCCAACAGACCCCCAUGACCCUGUAGUUAGGAUAUAGCGGGUUGGAUAAUGGAUGGAUGGAUACUUUUGCCAUAGAGUAAAACAAUAUAUUGUGCAUGGUAAUGAUAUCUAACCAGAUGACACCAAAUUCUCAUUUUUAUGGAAAGAAAUGACGUUAGCUGGUUUCGGAAUCGAGCCCUGUAAUAUUCUGGUCACUAGUAGCCAGUGGUUCAGCCUACUGCAGCAUAUUCACAGCAAUGCCUUUUCUUUCUUUCUUUCUUUCUUUCUUUCUUUCUUUCUUUCUUUCUUUCUUUCUUUCUUUCUUUCUUUCUUUCUUUCUUUCUUUCAAAUUCUGAAACAAUAUCCUGUAUUUUAGGAACAGGAUAUACAUAAAUAUUUGCUUAAAAUGUAGUUAUCCUUAAUAUGAAGUAGUUUCUGUGCUUUUGCAUAUUUCUGCUUUAACAAAUAAAUUCUCUCUCUCGAUGCCUGA